UUCAGUGUUCUUCUCAUUGUCAAAGCCCGCAAAUUACCAAUAUUCCCACCUUCCACAAUUAAGCUAAAUCUCUCGCAUUGCACUAAUGGCCACUCUUUGUUUUUAUAUUUUUAUAUUUUUUAUUUCUUUUAUUUUUUUAUUUUUUCUUUCAUUCAUGGUCACUCAAAGACCCUCUUCAUCUACUAAUUCCGAAGAUACUGAGAAAAGAGAAAGAGACAAUUCAUCUUGUUCGGAAGAAGAUGAAAAAAUCAUAUCCUCUUCCUCACCUUCUUCCUCGACGCCUCGAUUGACACAUGAUGUUUUCCUUAGUUUCUAUGGUGAAAUCAUAUCCUCUUCCUCACCUUCUUCCUCGACACCUCGAUCAAAACAUGAUGUUUUCCUUAGUUUCUAUGGUGAAGACACUCGCAGGAGUUUCACGGAUCAUCUCUAUUUUGAUUUAAAACGGAAAGGUAUUCUUGUCUUUAGGGAUGACGAAUCACUGGAGCGAGGAAAAUGCAUUUCUCAAGAGCUUCCGCAAGCAAUUCAAGAAUCCCAAUACGCCAUCGUCAUUUUUUCGGCAAAUUAUGCUUCUUCCAAAUGGUGCCUCAGGGAACUUGCCGAGAUCGUUGAAUGGGAGGAAAAGAAGAAUCUCACAAUUAUUCCUAUUUUCUAUCAUGUGAAUCCUUCAGAUGUAAGAAAUCAAAGAGGGACUUUUGCAGAAGCUUUCGCUGCACAUGAAAAAGAUCUCAAGGUAGACAUCAAAGAGAUUGAUACGUGGAGAAAUGCCUGCAGAAAAGUCGGUAAUGUUUCCGGAGAGCACAUAAAUGGGGAACGGUAUGAAUCAGUAAUUAGAGAAGAAAUUAGUAGAAGUAUAUCUACUAAGUUGAAUUCGAGAUUCUCACAUCAUGAUUACAAGAAACUUGUUGCAAUAAACUCUCGUGUGGAGGAUAUGAUGCACUUAUUGGCUAUGGAAUCGAAUGAUGUUCGCUUCUUAGGAAUUCAUGGGAUGGGUGGCGUUGGUAAAACAACACUGGCCGAAAUAAUUUAUGAUAGAGUUUCUUAUCAAUUUGAAGGAAGCAGCUUUAUUUCUCAUAUUAGAGAAAGAUCUACUACUGCUCGUGAUCUAGCUUCUUUACAAAAAGAACUUCUUCAUGGGAUCAUGCAAGAAGAAAUACCUUUUUGGGAUGAUCACCAGGGAAUUGGGAUGAUAAUGAAUAAGCUACAGAAUAAAAGAGUUAUUAUCGUCCUUGAUGAUGUGGAUAGUGAAAAGCAACUGACGGCAUUAGCAGGGAAUCAGAAAUGGUUUGGUCCAGGGAGUAGGGUGAUUAUAACAUGCAGAGAUAGUCAUUUGUUGAGAACACAUGGAGUGUAUGGUAUGUAUGAGGUUCAGCUGCUUCAAACUGAUGAAGCUUUGCAACUCUUUAGUUUGUCAGCAUUCAGGAAAAACAAUCCUCCAGAGAAUUACAUGGAUCUAUCAAAGCAUUUUGUGAAGUACGCUCAAGGCCUUCCUUUAGCUCUUAAAGUUUUGGGUUCCUACUUAUUUGGGAGAACAAUAGAUGCAUGGGAAAGUGCUAGGGAUCAACUAGAACCAAUUCCUAAUAAACAUAUUAUGAAUAUACUUCAAAUAAGUUUUGAGGGGCUGGAGGAAUCGCAGCAAAAAUUGUUUUUGGAUGUGGCAUGUUUUUCUCAAUUAGAUGGGUGGCUAAAGAAUGAUUCUGAGGAAGCAUUAGAAAUUUUUGGUCAUUAUUCGAACAUUGAGAUUGAAAUUCUCAUCAACAACUCCCUCGUAAGCAAAUCAAAAUAUGAAAGCUUGGUCAUGCAUGAUUUGCUAAAAAAAAUGGGCCAGGAAAUAGUUCGCCGCGAAUGCCCUAUAGAACCUGGAAAACGUAGUAGACUGUCUCAUUACCGUGAUGUCCUUGGCGUAUUGGAGAAAGAUACUGGAACUGAUGCAAUUGAAGGCAUAGUACUCCAAGAUUUGCCUCACAUGAAAAAGAUCAGAUCACUCAAUGCCAAAGCAUUCUCAAAGAUGACAAAAUUAAGACUUCUUAAAAUAUCAGUUCCUCCAAUAUUUAGCCAGAUUUAUCCAUCACCAAUUAUAGAAUGGCUUGGAAAUCCUUUAAAACACAUGCCAAGCGAUAAGUUGCGAUACUUCCAUUGGUUUAAUUGUCCUUCAAAAUCCUGGCCGAGCAGUUUCCAACCAAAAAAUCUUAUUGUACUAAGCAUGCCUGGCAGUCGCUUCAAACGAAUAUGGAAGGGGUUGGUGGUUUUACACAAUUUGAAGCUCUUAGAUUUGAGUGAUUCUGAGGACUUGAUUGAAACACCAAAUUUGACAGGAGCUUCAAAUCUUGAGAAAAUAGACCUUGCACGUUGUAGAAGCUUGUGUGAGGUCCACCCAUCCAUCGGAGUUCUCAAACGACUAAAGCAUUUGAGCUUAAAUCGUUGCAAGUGUCUUAGAAGACUUCCAGCCAAGUUCUGCUUGGAAUCUCUUGAAAUUUUGGAUCUUUCUGGAUGUACAGGACUUGUGAAUAUCCUGGAUAUUCAGGGAGAUAUGACAUCUCUGCGGAUAGUGUAUUUUAGCGAGCCUACCAAAAAGGACUUACCAUCAUCGUUUAUGAGUUUCUCUGGCCUUCGCAAUUUAACGUUAAGUGGUUGCAAAAACAUUUCAAUUUUUCCGAGUGUUAUUUGUAGUUUGUCAUCUCUUGAAAGUCUCCAUUUGUAUGGUUGGUCAAGACUUCAGAAAUUUCCAGACUUGAGUAGCUUGGAAUGCUUGAUGCAUCUGAAGGCAGACGGAACUGCUCUAACACAAAUACCAUCUGUCAAUCUAAUCCCUAAGAGCAUCCGUUCCUUUUUUCUCGAAGGACGAAAGAGGAUGCCAUGUAAACCUUUGCCGAAACGAAGCUCAUAUCUCACCUAUGAUAUCGGAACACCUGUAGAAUAUGAGAUGGAAGGAAUGCUUGAGGUAGAAGCACUGCUAAUUAAUUUUGGCGGCACAGGCAAAUAUUCGUCAAACAUUAUCUUUGCCGAUAAGGUGAUGAUAUAUGCGUGGUCCUUGGGAUAUGGAAUUCCGGAGUGGGUCCACAAUAGAAGUAAUGGCUCCUCUCUAAAGAUAGAGUUGGAUGGUACUAUGAAGGGGGUGGACUGUGCUAUCUUUAUUGUUUGUGAUUAUCAUCAAUUCCAUUCCCCUGAAGGUACUUCAAUUUCUUCGUUAUUCAAGGAACGUUCAUAUGUGAAGUUUAAAUUUUGUUUUGAGACGGAUGACGGUUCUCUAGGAGAUUGUUUUUACGAACUUAGGUUUCCAUAUUCCGUGGACGUCGUAUGUUUCAUUAAGCCAAUUGUAUUCUGGGCGCAUACACAAACUCCAAAGUUUUUCAAACGCUGGAAAUCGAAUAAUUUGGAUAAACGGAGCUCCAUUAAGAUUUCACUUACAGCAGAAAUAUUGGAUUAUGUCUCCAAUCAAACUCCAGUGGAAUUAGAAGUGAAAGAAUGGGGGAUGCAUUUAGUAUGUCCGGAUGAUGCUGGUCUUGGUUUGGGAUUAGAUUUAGAUUCCUAUCUUCAAUUUUAUUCAGUAUGGAAAUGCGGCAUGGAGAGAAAUGAAGAUUAGAUUCAUCAGGAGUACCCCUUUAAAGCUUAGUCCUUUUGAGAAUGGCUUGACAUUGUUUAUUUUGGGAAUAGAAAAUAAUCACCAUUUUGUACCUGAAACCUUUCGAUUCCAUUGGCGAUGUCAAAGUGAUCAUAAAAUCUCAAAUUGAUUAAGGGAAUGUAGACAACCACCCAAGCAGUUUUUCUUCUGUCAUGUUUCUGGUACGUUAUGCUACCUCUGUGCUUCAUCUCUGAUUUGGAUCUCUAUAAAACAUGAAGUAUUUUAGUCAUUUUUGCUUCUAUCUGUUUUUAAUAUGAAAAAUAUGAUUAAAUGUUUUGUGCAUGGAAUUGAUCGUCAGGGAACCUUCAGUUGCCAAAACGUGAAAGAAUACUAGACAUGAAAGUGUUGCUUGAUGAGAAAUGAAGAUUCAAUUCAGUCAGAGUCCUUGAUAGGAGUUAUUCUUUUGAGUUUUCUUUGGUAGCUCCCAGCUUGGCCAAAUAGUUUGCAACUUGGUUCACCUUGCAGAACACAAGGUGGCAUGAAAUAGUUGGCUUUGGUAUUAUUUCUUUGGGAACAGAAGAUGUUCACCAUUUUGUUUACAAGUUAGGAGUCGGGUCUGCAGCAUCGACUUCCCAAUUGGUUUGUUGCAACUUACCUCAUUUAAGCACCAUGAAUCAAUUGGUCUAUAGUGCUCUCAUUUAAGCCACUUCGAAUUCACCAAAAAAAAAAAAUUAUUGGCAUUUAUAUUUCCGGUGUUUUUGUAUGCGCUGAUAAAUAUAUAUUAUUGUCAGCACUUAAUUUUCGCACCAAUAAAUAAGAAGUUUUGCUGGCAUUUA